AUCUGGGGACAUAAAUAAGAAAGUUCUUAUUAGCUUGUAACCUAGCAAUUAAUUUACUUUUAUUUUGUGUUUUUCUAGAGACGACCAGACCUGCCAUCGAUAGUCGCCGAAAGUUAUUCAAUUCACAUGAAGAGUUGAAGCCCCUGACUCCAAAAGGAAAGAGGAAGUCGUUUUAUAAUAAUUUGAAGGACUUGUUGCCAGAAUCGGCAUUCAUCAAAUUAGCAACGGCUGAGUUUGAGGAACCGUGUUCAACUUCCGUUACAAUAGAAAUUAAUACUGAAGUACCUGAAUGUGUAAUGCCUAAGUCAUCAAAGAAAGACUUAAGUGCUGAUGAUAUACAUCUGAUUGAACAAGGCACCAUUGGUCAGUCUGAGAAUGAGGCAUGGCACGAUUACAGAAAAGGCCGAUUAACUGCCUCUAAUUUCUAUAGAGUGUACACAAAAGUUGAAACCCUUAAAACUAAGGGGGGUGAUGCACAGGAACUAGUGGACACAAUCCAGGGUAAAAGUAAUGGACCAUCGGAACAUUUACCUGCUCUAAAAUAUGGAAGAAACAUGGAGAAAGUUGCUAAGGAUAAGUAUGUGAAACUGUUUCAGAGGGAGCACAAAGAUGCAAAAUUCAGAGAGUGUGGACUAUUUAUUGAUGAAUCUGACCAAUUCAUUGGAGCAUCCCCUGAUCUGCUUGUUGAAUGUUCCUGUUGUGGAUUAGGGGUGCUAGAAGUGAAGUGCCCUUAUUCUAUUGUUAAUGAUUUACCAUCAGAAGACAAUCUUUCCUACCUGGUAAAGAUUAAUGGCAAAAUUGUCUUGAAAGAGAAGCAUGCAUAUUUUGCACAGAUACAGGGACAAAUGGCUGUGACAAAGAGAACAUGGUGUCACUUCCUGGUCUACACCCAAAAGGGUUAUCAUCUGGAGCUAAUCAAGUUCAAUAAUGAUUACUGGGAAAAGAUAAAGCAAAACCUAAUUUGGUUUUAUAAUAAGUAUUUAAGUGAAUGAAUGCUCGUUAAUUAUAACUUGAUACAAAACUUUAUUUACAUGGUGUAAACACUAAAAAUACAUUUGUACAUUUUAUAUACAAUUUAGAAUUUUUACAAUUUCAUAUCUGGAAAAACUGGUCUGACAGUUCUAAAUUGAACUCAAAUAGUCUCUGAAUAGAACAGUAAAAUUGUCUGUUGUGGAAACUGGAAUGGAUGAAUCAAAUCAUGAAAUUUUAUACAAGUAAUGCAUUGACCACACUUCAGUAUGAUUGAAAAUGUUACAGUUUGAUAUUGUUUGCAGUUAUAUAUAUAGUAAUAAUAAAUAAUAUAUUAUUUA